AUGUUUCAUGAUAACGGAUAUGAAGACAUGUUCCUGCUAGACCACCCACUGGUCCUUCGAAUACUUCCAAACGCUUUGCAGCUUUCACGAAUUUAUGCCGAUAUGGGUGUCCCUGGGGAACAUACCGAUGCCAAAGUGGAGCUCUCUCGAGUGCCGACUACAGCUUCACAGCAACACGGGACCGUCCUCGGAGAAGAAGUCUUGGACGAUGCUAACCUCUACCUGCAUACUUAUGAACACGUCUAUGGCGACUACACCGAAGCUGAAGCGACAAAGGUGCUUCGUCGCAUCGACUGGAGGCUUAUGCCCAUCUUUAUGAUUACGCUGACGUUUGCUGGUGUUGAUAAAAUCAUUAUCUCCAAUGCUGCCCUUUAUGGAAUGAGUACAGAUACGGGCCUUCACGGGCAGCAAUACAGCUGGGUGGUCUCUAUAUUCUAUUUCGGGUAUAUUGCCGCGGCCUAUCCUGCCAACCUGAUACUGCAAAGGUUCCCAGUUGGCCGAUGUUUGGCCUUGGCUUGUAUAGGCUGGGGUGGCGCAGUUGCACUUGUAGCCGCUGCCCCGAACUUCGGAGUCCUCAUGUUUAUCAGGUUCUUGAUGGGCACUACUGAAAGCUUCGUGUUUCCCGCCAUGACCAUCAUGGUCGGCAUGUGGUAUACGAAGAAAGAACAGCCACUCAGGAGCGCGAUAACAUAUACCUCCUUUUCCACACUCGUUUCUGGCACUGUGUCGUAUGGAAUUGGAAACUCUAAUACUGGAAUUGCAUCGUGGAGACUGUUGAUGGUCGUGCUUGGAGGCGCCACUAUAACCUGGGGAGUUAUCAUGUUCUUCAUUAUCCCCAACUCGCCGAACGAAGAAGACUUCAUGAAGGGUAAAGAAAAGUUCAUCGCUUUGGACCGAACCAAGAAUAACAUGACUGGCGUGGAGAAUAAAGAAUUCAAAUGGUACCAAGUCAAGGAGGCGUUUAUGGACUACAAAACUUAUCUUUUAUUCUUCUUUUUCUUAUUCAUGAACGUACCCACUGGGGGUCUCUCAGCAUUCGCGGCACAGAUCAUCUCAGGUCUAGGCAUGUCGCCACUGGAGACUGUCCUCCUCACGAUGCCCUGCUCGAUCUUCCAAACGGUUGCAGGUCUGGUGGUGGCCUAUCCCCAGAGGUGGCUCAAGAACAAGAGAUGUAUUUCUAGUGCGCUUUGCUGUCUUGUUCCUCUAGCCUGCUCAGUUAUUAUCCGCAGACUUCCUUCAUCUGCCGUCACUGGCAAACUUCUGGCAUAUUACUUCUUCUACUUCUUCUGGGGGCCAUACGCCACAGUUCUUUCGCUACCAAUGUCCAAUAUUUCGGGACAUACAAAGAAGCUCACCGUGACGGCCACAAUUUUCGUCGCCUACUGCUGCGGCCUCAUUAUCGGGCCGCAGGUGUUCCUGACAAGUGAGGCCCCCGCCUACGCCACCGGAUACAACGUCAUUAUGAUUUGCGAGAUUCUCGCCAUUGUUUGUCUUUUGGCGUAUGCGGGUGGAUGUGAGAUUGAGAAUAGGCUAAGGGAUAAGAGAGAAGGUACUAAUCCUUCCACGACUGUCAGUGAAAUGCUAGAAGACAAGACCGAUUAUGAGAAGCAAGGGUUUAGAUAUGUUUAUUAG